UUUUUUUAAAGUAUUAACACUUUAACAGCCAUUUCCCAUUUCCCCCAUUUCCCGUUUACCCUCUUCCCCAAAUCAGAAUCCCUAAUCCCGUGCCCGACUGCCCUCUUCCCUUUUUUCCUUAAUUCAAAAAUCAACCUUCACCUCCGGCACCAAUCCACCUCCACCGAUCUACCUCCGGUCUUCUACCUUUGAAUUUCAAAGGAUCGGUAACGGAAAACGGAUUUCAAGUGCGGGAAUGGAAAGAUUGGUAAACGAUUGCAAAGCAAAGAGAGUUUGAGAAAUCAAAGGAUGCCAGGAUUAGCGCAAAGGAAUGAGCAAUAUAGUAAUGCCUCAUUUGGGUUUUGGUCUAAGCAAAAUGACGUUGUUAGCUACAAUAAUCUCCAAAAGUUCUGGAGUGAGCUGUCAAUGCAAGCUCAGCAGAAGCUCCUUAGAAUUGAUAAACAAAAACUCUUUGAGCGAGGUCUCAAGAACAUUUACUACUCCAGAUGUAAUGGGCUGUUGCUUGAAGGUUUUUUUGCAAAUUGUCAUGUAUGGAAAAUCCUUGCAGCAGGAGGGAGUAGCUGGUAACCUUCAUUACAACAGGUCAGGAGCCUCAAAAAAGGGAACUGGUGGCGGAUUGAAUUUGACAAAUGGGACACAAGAUGAAAUUCAAGAUCCAUCUGUCCAUCCUUGGAGAGGUUUGACAACGACUCGCGAUGAUUCACUGACACUUCUUGACUGCUAUUUGUGCCCAAAGUCAUUUAAGGGUCUACAAAACGUGUUUUAUAGUGCACGUGCAAGGGAGAGGGAGCGUGAAUUGCUUUAUCCUGGUGCUUGUGGUGGGGGAGGUUGGGGUUGGAUAAGCCAAGGAAUUGCUAGUUAUGGAACAGGACAUGGAACAAGAGAAACAUGUGCACUGCACACUGCCAGGCUUUCUUGUGACACCUUGGUGGAUUUUUGGUCAGCUCUUGGAGAAGAAACUCGGGAAUCUCUUUUAAGAAUGAAGGAAGAAGAUUUUAUUGAGAGGCUUAUUUACAGGUGUGUUUAUGGCUCUUCUUUACGGUUGAAUGUGUUUCAUUUUCUAUAUUGUUCAGCUGGCAAACGGUAUGAAGUCAGAUGAUAAUUGAUCAAGAGGUUCUCAUUGGAGCUAGAAACAUAAGACUGAUGGUGGGAAUGUCAGAACUAUAGAGGACAAAAUUUUUGUUUGAUGAUCUUAAAGAAAUGAAAGUUUCAGUUGUGAGCCAUUCAAGCUUUUGAUAUUCUGUGUUCUCCUAAUUGAUGACUAACUAUCAUUGUGAAUGGUUAAUCCUAUUUUUUUAAUCAAGACACUAAGUCGGCCAAAUUUUUUAUA